AUGGAGCGAAAGAUCGGUGUCAUAUUGAGCUUCGUUGGUUUGGGCGCUGUGUGGCUGCGCUCCUUCCCCUGGCUCUGCAGUCUGCUGGUGGGGCUAGGGCUGUGCUUGGUCCAUAUGGGAUCUUGGAAGAACAUUCAUAUAGCUUUACAUACCGUUAAAAGAGACUUUAUGUGUUUAGCUAUUAUAAUUAAAGUGAGAAUUUCCAUGUAUCACCAUCGGCGAAACCGAAGAACCAUCCCUGCCCUGUUUGGCCAGUUAGUGAAACAACACCCCGACAAGCCCGCCUUGAUAUAUGAGGCCACAGGAGAGGUUUGGAGUUUUAGAGAGCUACAGGAGAGAUGCCACGCUGUGGCCCACUGGGCAUUGGCUCAGGGGUGGACUGAGGGUGAUGUGGUGGCUUUGUACAUGGAAAGUCAGCCUUUAAUGGCAGCUUUAUGGCUGGGUUUUGCUAUGAUAGGUGUUGAGGCUGCUCUUAUCAACUACAACCUUAGACAGCAGUCAUUGCUACACUGUCUCAGUGUUUCUGGAGCUCGAGCGAUGGUGUUUGGAUCGGAGAUGACUGGAGCUGUAACAGAGGUGAGUAGCAUGUUGCAGCCCAGCGUGGUUUUGUUCAGCACUGGUAAGCAGGAAGACAGGGAUGAGCUUCAGGUUCAGAGUUUGGACUCUCUGCUGGCCCGUUCACCCACACACCCACCACCCUACAAGAUAAGGAAAGAGUUCAAUGACAGGCUUUUCUACAUCUACACUUCUGGUACAACAGGAAUGCCAAAGGCAGCUGUAGUGGUGCACAGUCGGUAUUACCGCAUCGCAGCUUUUGGUUUUCAUUCUUUUGGCUUACGUCCUGAUGACAUCAUGUACAACUGCCUUCCUCUCUAUCAUUCUGCAGGAAACAUCAUGGGUUUAGGGCAGUGUUUGCUCUUUGGUUUGACUGUUGUAAUCAGGAGGAAAUUCUCAGCCAGUCGCUUUUGGGAUGACUGUGUCAAACACAACUGCACUGCAAUCCAGUAUAUAGGAGAGAUCUGCCGUUAUCUGUUGGCUCAGCCUGUUGGAAAAUCAGAGGCUCGUCACCGGGUCCGUGUUGCCAUCGGUAAUGGACUCCGUCCCUCGGUGUGGGAAGAGUUUGUCAAGAGAUUUAGAAUCCAAAGAAUUGGGGAAUUUUAUGGCGCCACAGAGUGCAACUGCAGCCUGCUCAACAUAGAUGGAAAGGUCGGGGCGUGUGGCUUCAAUAGUCGCAUCCUACCAAAUUUUUAUCCCAUCAGACUGGUCAGGGUGCAGCAGGAUAGCAAAGAACUACUGAGGGAUUCACAAGGCCUCUGUAUACCCUGUGAGCCAGGAGAGCCAGGCAUGUUAGUGGGACACAUCAACCACACCGAUCCGCUCAGAAGAUUCGACGGUUAUGCUGAUCAGGAUGCCACCAAAAAGAAAGUUGCUCGCAAUGUGUUCAAGAUGGGAGACUCUGCUUAUGUCUCAGGUGAUAUACUGGUGAUGGAUGAUUAUGGCUACAUGUAUUUCAUGGACCGCAGCGGCGACACUUUUCGCUGGCGAGGGGAGAACGUUUCCACGACAGAGGUGGAGGGAGUCCUCAGCAAACUACUGGGACACACCGAUGUUGCCGUCUAUGGAGUGUCUGUGCCAGGUGUGGAAGGGAAGGCCGGUAUGGCAGCAAUAGCUCAGGAGGGAAACCAGUUGGACCUUGAUGCAUUCUUGAUCGGUGUACAAAAAGCUUUGCCCUCCUACGCACGCCCUGUCUUCCUUCGGUUCAUGCCGUCUGUUGACACUACAGGUACUUUCAAAAUUCAGAAGACACGGCUGCAGAAGGAAGGAUACAAGCCACAAAACUCGAGUGAAAAGAUUUAUUUUCUGAACAGUCGUGCUGGACAUUAUGAGUCUGUCACUGAUGAAUUAUAUGAUGCCAUCAAUGAAGGGAAAGUGUCUCUUUGAAAGAAGGAGGAGCUAACAAGGCUACUGGGUUAACACAACUUACUCUCACUGUGUUUUUGAUAUAGUUACUUUUUGUUUGUUGUUGUUUUUAAGAUGAACAUUAAGCUCACCUACCUGAAUAGAUUUGGCUUGGUCAGAUUUC